AUGGCGCUCAAUCCAUUAUUGUCGGUGUUCGUUGCCCUGUUCCUGGCCGCGAGCUCUCACGCCCAGAUCAUGACCGCCAACGGGCUGACCUUCGAUUCUGGCGAUGUGGUGAGUCUGUUGUGGACCUAUGAGAGUAAUGGGCCAGCGACAUACGAUCUCCAUUUGUGUGCUGGCGACGAGACCACGGACUCCUAUGACUGCCUAGCUCAAGUUGUCCAGAAGGGUACAUUUGCACCGGAGGAUUUGGUGUCUUUCCGUGUGAACCAGAGCGUGGGUGGGAAUGAGCCCAACGCAUACUUCCUGAAGAUUGUUUCUACUGGACCAAACGACUCCUGGUCUGGUUACACCUCCCACUUUACUUUGACCAAUAUGAAAGGCUCAUUUCCCCCCAAAAUCUCCAAUGCAAUCAGAGCCAUGACACCGGCACUUGCCCUCCCCUGGCCCCUAGUGGAAGAAGACCAUCUCCUCGAAGAUGGCUCCAAACCAACCCCGACAUUCAAACAGUCAGUCUCCAUAGGGAACACAGAAUCCGUCCUCCAGUUCCCAGCCGCGACCGAAGACACGAUCCAUGGCAACGAACUACGCAGACGACAGGACCUGGACAUGCACACUGUGCCCUUUGGGAUGCAGCCUGGUCCGACCAAGUAUGCUCCAAUGCCGAAACGCGCUGGCAGUACUAUCCUAGACAAGUCGCCUACACCGCAGUAUCCACCAUUUCCUUUUGUUAUUGCAACGACCUAUCUGGGUGAACCGACGGUUCAAACGACCCUGUCAGAGUAUCUGUCUGCGACAGUGGAAGCCACUGAGAAUAAUGUUGCCCCCGCGGCGGCUCCAACGCUGGACAAGAGAAUGCAGCAAUGGCUGGAGCGGUGGAAGGAUUAA